GAGAGCAUGGCCGCAGGAGCGCUGCAGACUUGGUUUGGUUCCUCCACAUUGAUAACACAGCUUCUUGUGCGCUCUCGGUGAUGUUGCGGAGCCGCUCGUCAGGGGACAUUUAACCCGGAGAUUGUGUGCGUCUACGCAGAGAGGUUCAAUCUGCUGCGUGCGUUGUUGUUCGGCGCUCGGGCAGCUGCGGGUUCAGCCGGAGCUGAAGCUGCUGGUUUGAGUCUUCUUCUUUGAGGCUUCUUGGAAGACUCACACCGAACAGGAGGAGAGAUCCUGAGUUGGAGAGUGCGACGGCACAGGGACUGCUGCUCUCGUUAUCUCUUGGAACAUUCAUUAUUUGGCUGUUAUAUGUUUCCACCGCGUACACCUCCUGAAGAAAUUCAAGGCGAGUUGGAGAAACUGUUCGCUGCGCGGAGUUGAGCCGGCGGAAGAUUGUUCAUGCAGAAAUAUUGUGGAUUUCCAGCGUUUAUUCAGUUGUAGAACUGUUUUUCAUUCAAGCGAGUGAAGAGUGAGCGUUUGGUGCAAAGACCUUCAUCUGACAGUCAAAACGCAGAGUGAGCAAGAAAUCACUCUUAAAAAAAAAAAAGGAAGAUAUUUGAUUUUGUUAUAAACGCCGAGGAUGCAGCUACAUCUGUGCGGGAAUAACACGCGUUAAGUGGACUCUCAUCAUAACAUUUCACCUCCACAUCCAUCUGAAUCUCUAAACCUGAACCAGAGGACAAUCAAUUUGGCUUCGGCGGAGUUCCAGAGCAGAUAUGCCGCAGGUGGAAAUGAUCCCCCUCCUUAUCCUCAUCAUCGUGAUGUGUGUGUGCGGCCAGGACCUGGCGUCCAAGGUGGUGUCCGACCGCUACGCCGUCUACUGGAACCGGACCAACCCCAAGUUUUACCGGGGUGAUUACCACAUCGACGUCUGCAUCAACGACUACCUAGACGUCUACUGUCCGCACUACAUUGGCCCGGUCUCGGACGAUCGAGCAGAGCGCUACGUCCUGUACAUGGUGAACUACGACGGCUACAGCUCCUGUGACCACACCGCCAAGGGCUUCAAACGCUGGGAGUGCAACAGGCCUCUGUCGCCCAACGGACCGCUGAAGUUCUCAGAGAAGUUCCAGCUCUUUACUCCCUUCUCCUUAGGAUUUGAGUUUCGCCCCGGCAGAGAGUAUUAUUAUAUCUCCUCCAUCACUGACGACAAAGGAAGAAGGAGCUGCCUUCGACUCAAAGUCUUUGUCAGGCCUCAAAACAAUUGUGUGAAAGAGUCUGGGACCGUGCAGGAAGGGGUCGAUUUUGACGAUAACAGUCAGAACUCCCUAGAACCAAGAGACGGCAUCGGUCACGAGUCACCAGAGGCGGCUCGAAGGGAUGUGAACUCCGUUGACCGGCGCCAGACUUCAGUCCUCCUGCUCAGCUCCGCCCUCAUACUCUUGGCGGCCAUCUUGUCUUUAUAGCGCCCAGGCUGAGGAAUCCCCCAGGAAUGGACUGUCCUGAUUGGACCACAGACCGCCCUUACCCUGCAACCCCUCCCCUCAAGGAGCACUUUUACAAAAAAAAGAACACUGACAAUCUCUCCAUGUGAAAAGAGAGAGGAAGAGACUUCGACACUGAAGCCUUCGUUGUUUUUUGACUUGCCAACUAGAGUGAUUCUUGACUUUCUGCUGGGCGCUGAUGAUCGAGGCGCCCGAGGUUAAAGAGGCGUAGUCUCUUACCUGUUCUCCUCGCUACGGCUCACAGUAUGCAGAUAUUAAAGACAAGCACACAUACAUGCUUUCAAACACAUACACACACAGAACACAAACUACACAAUCAGUACACAGCUUGAAUGGCAAAGAAGCACAGCAGGAUCCCUCAAAGGUUUACAGACUUUUUACUUUUUUUUUGUGUUCAGGAAAACAUCACGUAACCCCCGACAUGUAACAUGAUUAUAUCUCACGUCAAAGUGGAAGAGGUUUUUGAAGAAGAUCCGGGAGCGGCGCAUCACGUACAGGCCAACGAAAGAGAAAACGAGAAGGAUGUUGUUGCUAGGAGAAGGUUACCAAGGGCGCGGGGGUACGGGGGGGGGGACUUUGAUGACUUCACCUUCCUCUCGGGUUAAAUAGAGUCGGAUGCAUCGUCUCACACUGACCCUUGUUGAGAGUUAAAAAAUGUAAAGCAGCACUCCUCUUUUAGUUUGUGGAUAGGGCCGAUUUAAUGAUCGAUUAAUGUCUUUGUUUUUUAAUAAAUCACCUAAUUGAAUCGUAGCAGCCAACACGGGUGUACAGUAAACUAUUUGAACGAGCGUAGAAGUGGAUACGGUAUUUUGCCAGGCAAAAUGUAUUUUCCUAUUUAUUGUGAAGUCCUCGUGCUUUUUUCUUUUAUGGUUUUAGUCUGUAAGUACAGUAGAAAGGCAAUAAAAACAAUACAGUUACCCAUUAAGUUAGUUCAUAUGACACAGCUUUUUUGAUACAAUCAUACGAAAACACUUCAGUUUAUGUAUCUGUUUGGAUUGAUCGCUGAUGAUUUAAUUGUUUUUAACAAAGUCCAGGAAGAAGAAAAAAAAAGUCUGAUGUGCUAUCAGGGUGUAGAGAUCGUAGAAUAUUUGUGUUUCGAUUUUGUCAUUAAAAAUGUCACCAAUGUAGUUUUACUAUUACACUAUUGCUUUUGUGAAUCACUGUCGUAACACAACUAUUGUAUAUAGAGACAAAUGUCCCACAAAGUUCAGGGAUGUGUCCAGGAUGUGAAGUAAAAAAAAAAGAAAAUGUUUUUUAAAUCAGGAGGGUUACUCCCUCGACUCAAGAUGUUUCAGUCAGCGAGUUACAGAGCAGGUGGUGGAGUGUGUGUGGGGCAGGGGGCGGUGUGUGAUGCACUUGCCCUCUUUGAUGUUGUGUAAAGUGGCGUCUGUACGGAAAAUACACCGGGGGAACCCUCAGCGGUUAUUUCUGGAAUUAAAAAAAAACAACCACUAGCAGAAAUGGAUUUAAACAGCAUGUGUCCCGGAACUGAGCUGGUGAACCUGAGAGGGGAAAGAGAAGGAGAGCAACACGUGAAGCUUUGUACUGAUAAUGAGAUCAAUAGUCAUGUUUUACCAGCAGGGACUAGAUAUAUUUACCUCAAAGCUCAGCUCAACAUUCGACGAUUGAAGAUCCCCAACAGUUUUUUACCCUUCCGAUUGUUAAAAUAGAAUCUAAAAUCUGCAUUUACAGGAGACGUUUCAUGUCUCUGACAGACAUGCUCCCUUUUACUCAACGCAGGUCACUCUGCUCCUUAAUUUAAAGCUACACGUUUGUGAUCCUUUUUCAAUCUGCCAAGCCUGACAAGUGCGCUGUGCAAUCGUAUAAAACUCCACAUCUUCAUUCUCCGUAUGCCUGCUUACCAAAGCUUUGCUCUGUGCACCAACGUCCAAGGUCCACGUGACCGCGCCUUUUUUUUUAAGCGAUGGACCUGUUUUCCCGACUGGCUCGCGUCUCUGAAGCGUCUAAUUCACUUUUGAAUGUAUAUAAAUGCCUGUAAUCUUAUCGACGGUUGACUUCAUGCAUUUCAUUUGUUACGGACUUUGUCUGAACACGUAUACAUAAGCUACUUUAUCGUGUUUGUAACUGAGAGAAGUGAUCAUAUGUGAUCACAGAUACUGUGUUUGAAUGCAGCCAAAUUUACAGCAUUAUUGUUCUCAAUUACACAUUUUUCUGUUUCUGCUGUGAGACGUCAGAAGUUGGGAAAUUUGAUCACGGCUCAUAAAUGCUACAUCUCGACCAGCAGUCUUUACCAACCUGCUAUUAUUUCAUCGCUAUGAUGUCUGAUUAAUGACAGCAGCUGUGAGAUCGGCUGUAUUGACAUUUAAAAUGAGCGAUCACAUAGAACGUUAGACCCCGACUGUCGCCUGAAGCCAUCGAAUAUCUGCGACCUCUGAUAAUGACAAUAUGACGAUGUGAAAAUACAGACGAUUGCCCAACCCCUAUGUUCCCCCUGUCACUCUCAGCAGCAGUGAUACCCUACACAUUGACUCCCUGCUGCAGUGUAGUUCUACCUCUGAAAAAGACCUGUAGUACCUGCUCACUGAGACGGUGCGAUGGACUGUUAGGACCGCUCUUAGGGAAGAAAAAUAAAUCUCAGACUAUCAUUAAAAUUGUCAUAUUGAGAAUGCUCGUGAUUAUAGUAAUACAUUAAUAAUUACAGUCAUAUCAGUAGAAUACAAUUACAAUUACAAUAAAAAGUAAUAGGAGAAUACAUCUCUCAGUUACACUUUUACGAGAACAAUAAUGAUAUCGAUAUCAAGGCUGAGAUAUGCCUCUGUAUAAAUAAUCUCAGAUUGCUUCAUUUGGUUUUCUCUAUUCUGUUUCACAGACAAAAACCUAAAGAACAUUCACGUGUCUCAGUGACAUCGAAAUCAAAACGUCAUUACAUCUGAGCUGAUGGUGGCGGGGAGAAAAGAACUGAGGGGGAUUAAACACAAUGCUUUCAGUUUGAGGACAUUUUGGCUCACAAGUUUAUGAUUUGGAGGAAUUAUUCAUUUAAGGAAAUUAAAGUAUUUUGAGUGUAAGAAUUACUCAGUUUUGGGAGAAAAUCUUUUUUUAUUUAAGGGCACAAAUUACCACAUUUAAAAAAGUAUUUCCUCCUCACACCCACCAGCCUCCAUGCGUUUUAGUCCAACGUUAAGAGUCAACUGUAACUGUAUCAUUGCCUCGAGCCACGCCACGAUGAGAAAACCAAUCAGUUAGUUUUGUGGAUACUGUGUAUCCAACAAUUAGUCUGUUGUAACAUACAGUGUUAGAUACGUUCUCUUUUUUCACACCACUUUUGAAGGGCACAUUAAUGUUCUUAGCAAGAAAAAAAUAUUCAAUGUUUGAUAUAAAAAAAAUGCUUCGUUUCAUUUUAUAUGUCUUUUAUAUGAAACAAAAAAAAACAGGAUCAACAUUACACCUUCUCUCUGUAAAUGUGUUUUACGAACAUGGCACAUAUCAUGCAGUGUGGUCGGGUUACGAUCAUGGAUCAAUGGGUCUGAAGAAAGAACAGAUAUGUUUUCUAAGAGCUAGAAUAUCUCUUUUCCCUCCACAAAUCCCUCUUGUUCAUUGUAUUGUUGCAACAGAAGUGUCUUUAAAAGGUGCAGGAUGUUCUUUGUGUCUACUUGUGGUCUUUCGAUAAUCUUCACCUCCAGCUGUUGCCGAGACAAGCUGUGGUUUAGAUCGCUGCGUCGCAGGACUCAGGAGACCCGAUUGGCUUUUAUUGGCGUAGAAAGUUCAAUGUGUUUGUUUGUUUGAGAGGAAGUCUGUUAUCCACCUCAAAUUUUGAUGUUCCGUGUUCUAUUGAGCAAACUGUGCUAAAAGGAGGGCGAGUAAUGUGAUCUAAGGACUUCUUCUUCACCUGGUUUUGGUGCCAUGUAGCCUGAAGCUAAUCCCACUGUGUCCCUGGUUUGCAGCAUCUGUUUUUCAUCCUCUGUAUCUUAAAAAAAAAAAGGAUGUGUGCUUUUGUCAGUGCAUCUAGCAUUGGGAAGGUUUUUUUUACUUUAGCCAUGUAACACAUUAUGUAAUAACUCGACAAAAUGUAAUUCAUUUCACGUCAUUAUGUAACAACACCCGCAUUUUGUAACAAUAUGCUGCAUUUUGUAAUAAACAGCUUGAACGCAAUAUGUAAUACAAUACAUAGUGCAAUGGUUAUUUCAAGAUAUUUAUGAAGGCCAAGGCCGGAGAUAUACUUGCUUUCCGUUCGCAUGCACAUGACCCUGCCUUGCCUGUAUCUUUUGAAAUUCAUUUUGAGUCGGUAUGAAUCCUGCUUGAAUGCAUAAAAUAAAUAUUGUUGUAAUGUUAUAAAAAAAAUAUUAUGAAUUAA